GGUCCGGGAAUGGGUGCACCUCUUUUGGUGGUAGCCGUGGUAGCCCGGAUUCUCUCGCAACUAUGGCACAAACCACUCAUUGGUGUUAAUCACUGCAUCGGCCAUAUCGAAAUGGGUCGACAAAUCACUGGGUCGCGCUCGCCAAUUGUGCUUUAUGUCAGUGGAGGAAACACCCAAGUUAUCGCCUAUUCUGCCAGACGGUAUCGGAUAUUCGGCGAAACCAUUGAUAUUGCUCUGGGAAACUGUCUGGAUCGGUAUGAGACAAACUAA